CAAAUUCAGUUGCGUCACUUGGUGAUGAUGCGUGUCCUCCGUGUCGUCGGUGUCGUUGUCGGCGCGAUGAUGGCUGUGGCGUCGUCCGCACAAACAUGCAAGGCGCCGAACGAGAUCCUACGCGCAGAUGGGGCGCAGUGCGAAUGUGUGAAGGACUUCUUGGGCAUCAACUGCCGGCAAUGCCGCACCGAACGCGCGUGCAAUGCCCUGGACAAGAACUCGCACUGCGCCGUGGGGUUAGCUUACUCGUCGAGCAUGAAGGCCAAGACGUACAGCUGUGUAUUGAGUGAGACACUGCAGGCGGUGUUCAACGACGGCGCGAUGGGGUUGGCUUGCGACACAACUGCCCAGACAUGCACGAUGUCCGUGUACAAAUCGGCGACGGGACCGCAAGGGCAGCACGCGAUUGACUGCAACAUGAAGGAGUGUUCCUUCAACGGGACCACCGUCUCGUGCGCGUCUCUCAUGUGCACAUGCACGGACUUGUGUUCUUCGAUCUCAAAGCAGUUGUUCGAAGUAUCUCUCGCCAACAAACCCGUGUCCCUCGUCGCCAUCUCCGACACAACGUUAAAGGUGAACAUUGAAGGGUCACCAUUGCCGCUGGAAGGCACGUGCUCGGCGUCAUCCUGCGAACAGACCAAGGUCAUGGAAGAAUUGGCGGGCGGCGACUCGGCAUCGCUUCCGCCGCCGCCACCUCCCCAGACAUACUCGAAGGCAUUAAUCGUGUCCCUUGCUGUCGUGCUCGUUCUGCUGGGCGCCAGUGGGUUGUUUGUAUGCUGUUUUUACGCCAUGUACAUGUCCAAAGUGCGGGCCGCGGCGGCGCCAUCGCCAUCCUCUUUGGAAGACCCGCUCGACCACAUGCCGCCCAACUCCCCCGCAAAUAUCUUUACAUUUGCCGACAUUUGCUGCGUGGCCACGAAUCCCCAUGAUCAACCUAACCUACCUUCCAUCUUCCGUCGAUCAGGGCCAUGUAUCCAUCCCCCCAAGACACUUAUCCAUGACAUCCGCGGCUCCAUCUGCCGCGGUCAAGUGCUGGGGCUUAUGGGGCCCAGUGGAUCAGGCAAAACUACGCUCCUGAAUGCAUUGGCGGGGGUAUCUAAUGGAAAUACUCAGUUCUCAGGCGCCAUCUCUCUGGAUCAUGAGCCUCUGCCGGCCAACUACCGCCAUCUGGCGGCAUAUGUCCAGCAAGAUGACUGUCUGUUUCCCACGCUCACUGUACGAGAAAGCAUCGAAUAUUCAGCAUUCCUGCGGCUUCCGGCCAUGCUGUCGCUGUACGCCAAGCAGCAGCUUGUAUCAAAAGUCCUACAUGAGUUGCAUCUAACACAUGUAGCCGACUCGCGCAUCGGAAAUGCCACCGCCAUCCGCGGCAUCUCGGGCGGCGAGCGCCGCCGCGUCAGCAUCGCCAUGGAACUCGUGACCCAGCCCCAGAUGCUGUUUCUGGACGAGCCGACCUCUGGGCUGGACAGUGCUUCAGCUAAUAGUUUGAUUUCGUUGCUGUCGACCGUGGCCAAAAGCGGCCGCAUGGUCAUCCUGUCUGUGCAUCAGCCCAGCACCAAAUCGUUCCUCAAGCUCGAUAAGGUGCUGCUGCUAGCCAAAGGUACUAUAUAUAUAUAUAUACUACUAGUAUAUAUCUUGUUCUAUAUUUCUAAUUCAUUUGAUUUAAAAAAUACUCUAUUUUUAUCAGUAUCUGAUUUACAGCAAGACAUUGGAUUGAGGCCGUCAUACGGUUGCUACUACACUGUUUUUUUUUUAUUUCAUCCGUUCAACAAAAUACUCUUCAUAUUUCGCCAUAUAUAUAUAUAUAUUAUUCCAUGUUUUCAACAAAUACUCUUCAUAUUUCGCCAAAUAUAUAUAUAUGUAUGAAAGUUCAUUUUAUAGAAUGAGUCUAAUUUUAGAAUCCUAUGUUUUAUAACAAGUCCAUUGAUCGAUUCCAUCCUUCUUCAAAAGUAAUUCUUUUCUACAAUCGUUGUAACAUUAUUUUUAUAAUUCUGUAUUUAGAACGAGACUAUAUAUAUAUAUUCCCACUUACUGAACAUAUAUACCCGUAGUUUUCUCUAUAUAUAUAUAUAUAUAUAUUUCUUACCGAAUCUAGGCCGCAUUGUAUACUCGGGGCCAACGUCGACGAUCUCGACGCACUUUUCAUCGUUGGGGUAUCCGUGUCCAGUUAACGAAAACAUCGCCGACCAUAUCUUGGACUGCGCCACACACGCGGCGUCCAUCGCGGCGCUGCAUGAUGCUUACCAUCCCGAGGAAUUGCCGGUAAGCUCGAUGGACAAUAGUCGGCAGCCACUGGUUGAGAUGACCAACCAUCGGUCGAGUGUACUGGAGCUGCAAGUGCUGUUCCUCCGCACACUGCGCAACACAUUCCGCCAGAAGUCGCUGUUUGUGAUGCAUGUGGGUAUUUCCGUGUUCCUGGGCGUGGUCACGGGGCUCAUCUUCAUGGGGCUCGAAGAUAACCUGGCGGGGUUUCAGAAUCGCAUGGGCGCGUUCUUCUUCACGCUGACCUUCUUUGGGUUCGGCACGUUGAGCUCCAUGGACGCGUUCAUCGCGGAGCGUCCGUUGUUCGUCAAGGAGGCCGGCGCCAAGUACUAUAGCGCGUGGAGCUACUACGUGGCCAAGGCCAGCAUCGACCUCGCUUCGUUACGCGUGCUCCCGGCGAUCAUCUUUGCGAGCAUCUUCUACUACCUCAUGGGCUUGAAUGCCCCGCUCGACAGGUUUCUGCUCUUCACGACCACACUCGUGCUGUUUAAUGUCGCCGUGGGCUCCAUGAGUACCUUUGUGAGCAUUGGCAGCAAGACGGUGGGCAUCGCCAACCUCGUCGCGACCGUCGUGCUCUUGCAGAACGUGCUCUUUGGCGGGUUUCUCCUCAACGUCCAGACCAUGUCGCCGGGAGCGGGGUGGAUGCAGUGGCUGUCCAUGUUUAAGUACGCGUUUGAAGUGAUGAUGACGAAUGAACUGAGUGGCUUGCUGCUCACGUUUGACGCGUCGGGGUAUGUGUCGGUGCCCGUCUAUGGCGAGGUGUACCUGAAGACCCUUGGCAUGGACAUUGCCAACCAGAUGCGCGACGUGGUCCUCCUCGUGGUCAUCGCCGCCAUGUUUAACGUGGCCAGCUUCGUGUUGCUGCACUUCCAAGUGCCGCGACCCAUGAAGUGGUCGGUGCAAGACACCGCCAAGGCCGUGUAAUCCCGCGGGGGGGGAAUAUGGAAGAAGAAUGGCUUCGUAUUGUACAUAGUAUUGCAUAAACGUGAAUAUUAAAAGUGUGUUACUGUAUUCUAAUAAUAAUAUAAAAACACACUGCAACGUGA